GUUUUGGUCAUUGCAGUGUUUUCCCCUCCUCUUUGGCCGUUGAGACUUUUGGCUUUCGUCCCACGCUUUCACUUUUCAAAAUCCACCGCCAUUUCUCAUACUCAAAACAUCAUAAAAAAUAUACUGAUACCAAAAGAGGUAGAUGAAUUACGAACAGAGACUUAAAGCCGCAGCGAAAAUCGUUAUUGCGUACGAUUCACGCGCCGGAGACACGGCGGUGGAUUGUGCAGAAUUUGGAGUCACGGCGACUCUGAAACCUCACCAAGUCGACGGAGUUUCUUGGCUUAUUCGGAGAUAUGUUCUCGGCGUCAACGUUGUUCUUGGGGAUGAGAUGGGACUAGGGAAGACUCUUCAAGCUAUUUCUUUCCUGAGCUAUUUGAAGGUCCACCAGAAGUCACCUGGGCCAUUUUUGGUGCUUUGUCCUUUAAGUGUGACAGAUGGUUGGGUGUCAGAGAUAGUUAAAUUCACUCCUAAAUUAGAAGUUCUUAGGUAUGUCGGUGAGAAAGAACACCGGCAAAGUAUACGCAAGACUAUAUAUGAGCAUGUAGAAGAGAAGUCGUCAUCAUCCAAUGUUUUGUCCUUACCCUUUGAUGUGCUUUUGACAACAUAUGACAUAGCAUUGAUGGAUCAAGAUUUUCUUUCUCAAAUACCCUGGCAUUAUGCUAUAAUUGAUGAAGCUCAAAGGCUUAAAAAUCCUUCCAGUGUUCUGUAUAAUGUUCUUAUUGAUCGCUUUCUUAUGCCAAGACGGUUGUUGAUGACUGGCACACCUAUACAGAACAAUCUCACUGAACUCUGGGCUUUGAUGCAUUUUUGUAUGCCCUCAGUGUUUGGCACACUAAACCAGUUUCUUUCUUCAUUCAAAGAAGCUGGAGAUUCUUCAUCAGAUGGAACACCAUCUAAGACCAAGGAACAAUUUAAGAGUUUAAAGUAUAUAUUGCAAGCCUUUAUGCUGCGACGCACAAAAUCCAAACUUAUUGAAUGUGGAAAUCUAGUACUCCCACCUCUUACUGAGAUUACUGUGAUGGCUCCGCUACUUAGCCUGCAAAAGAAGGUGUAUACUUCAAUACUAAGAAAGGAGCUUCCAAAACUUCUUGCUUUAUCUUCUGGAUCGUCUAGUCACCAGUCAUUACAAAAUAUUGUUAUUCAGCUAAGAAAAGCAUGUAGCCACCCGUACCUGUUCCCUGGCAUUGAGCCUGAGCCAUAUGAAGAGGGUGAACACCUGGUUCAGGGCGGUGGUAAGCUUAUGGUUUUGGAUCAACUACUUAAGAAGCUAUAUGAUUCUGGGCAUCGUGUCCUUCUCUUUGCUCAGAUGACCCAUACACUUGACAUUUUACAGGAUUUUCUGGAGUUACGAAAAUAUUCCUAUGAGCGGCUUGAUGGAUCGAUUCGAGCUGAAGAGCGCUUUGCUGCGAUAAGAAGUUUCAGCAAACGAUCAGCUGAAGGGAGUUUGAAUUCAGAAUCUGACCGAAAUGCUGCUUUUAUUUUCAUGAUCUCUACAAGAGCUGGGGGUGUUGGCUUGAAUCUUGUAGCUGCUGAUACUGUUAUAUUCUAUGAGCAAGAUUGGAAUCCUCAGGUGGACAAGCAGGCUCUGCAGCGAGCACAUCGAAUAGGGCAAAUGAAUCACGUGUUGUCCAUAAACCUUGUUACGGAACAUAGUGUGGAAGAGGUAAUUAUGCGGAGAGCAGAGAGGAAGCUGCAGCUUAGUCAUAAUGUUGUAGGAGAUCAAGUAAUGGAACAGGAGGGGAAAGAAAAUGCAGGAGCUGAAAUGGGUGAUUUGCGAUCUAUCAUAUUUGGGUUACAUAUGUUUGAUCCUACUGAGAUCAAUAAUGAAAAAGUAGAUGAGUUAAAGACGUCGGAGCUUAGUGCUAUGGCUGAGAAAGUAAUUGCAGUGCGUCAUAAACAAACAUUAGGCAAAUUUGAGAUUAAUGCGGGGGAUUUGAUGGAUGGCCAUGAUGUUAUCAUGAAAGGGAGUUCUUCUUUCUGUGUGGAUCCUGGUCUUGAUGAGGCUUCAUAUCUCUCCUGGGUUGAAAAAUUCAAGGCAGCCUCACAGUCAGGUGAUAAUCAAAUCAUGGAGUUGGAAAGGAGAAGGAAUUUUCCUGAGGACAGGCAUCUGAAAGUUGAGGCUGCAAAGAAGAAAGCAGAGGAGAAGAAGAAGACUAGAUGGGAAGCUCAUGGAUACCAUUCACUGUCUGUCCAAGAUCCUUUGCCAGUGGAUGGAGAUAUGAUGUCAGAUUCAGGUUCAGUUCUUUUUGUUUAUGGAGAUUGUACUGAUCCAUCAAAAGUUUGUCUAUCUGAGCCUGCUGUCAUAUUCAGUUGUAUUGAUAAUUCUGGAAACUGGGGUCAUGGUGGAAUGUUUGAUGCUCUGGCAAAGCUUUCUGCUAGCAUUCCUGAUGCAUACGAACGAGCUUCUGAAUUUCAGGACCUUCAUCUUGGUGAUCUCCAUCUUAUAAGAAUCAAUGAGGAUUGCAAGGGAAAUAAUACUCCAUGGUGGGUAGCCUUGGCUGUUGUACAAUCUUACAAUCCAAGACGUAAAGUUCCUCGUAGUGACAUCUCUAUUCCUGAUUUGGAAUGUUGCUUGUCAAAGGCAUCAUUCUCAGCAGCUGAAAAUUCGGCUUCAAUACACAUGCCGCGUAUUGGUUAUCAGGAUGGAUCAGAUCGAUCACAGUGGUACACCGUAGAACGCCUUCUGCGAAAAUAUGCUUCUAUUUAUGGUGUAAAGAUUUUUGUGUAUUAUUACCGUCGAUGAUCUUGAUGCUGAAGGAGUUUUGGUGUUUAUGUCCUUUGCCCUCUAUAGUUGUGUCUCUGCCAUAUUGCAAGCUGUCUUAUGCUUAUCUCUUCCAUGACAGUAGGGAGAUAGACUGUGUUUGUAUAAUGAAUUAUUCUACAUGUUGUAAGUAGAUGCAUUGGCUGGGAUGUAUGGAUAUGUACGGAUUCUUUUAGUCUAAGAUGCAUAAUGUUGCUAUCUUUGCAUCUCAGUUAUGGUAAUGUACAGAUAUUUUUUUGUUUUCCAUGUAAAGAAAAUGUAUUUGUACUAA